AUGAGCCAACCCGUGGUUCAGGUUCUUGUCCACGUCGCAGCUCCCGCUCGCGCUUCAGAUGAUGCCAAGUACCGGGCACUAGCGGCUGCGUACUUCGACUUUGAGCCGGCGACACAGCCGUCGAGAUAUCUCAGCAGUUUUUCGGACUCACAAGGAGUUGGACAAGGCGUAGAACAGGGCCUCGAAGAGCCACCACAGACACAAGAUGGCCCAGGAUGGAACGCAAGCCAGAGCCUCGGGGUCAUCCCAUCACCGAUGUUGUCGUUCAGGAGCGUGGUAGACAACGGCGGGUCCUUCCGGAAGCAACAGGCUUCGGGAAGGCACCAGACGCCGUCGCAGCCGUCGUUUGUGCCUCCGCCCAGUGUGAUCGAAGACUCAAUGCCCGACAACGAUUACAUGUUAACCGGGUUUUGUACACCGACGAGGCUCCUGGAACACUACACCAACACGCUGGACAGUUCGCAAGACUCGCCGGGAAGCUCACGCCAGGGGAUUCCUACAUUUAGUCAGCUCCGUCCACAAAAUUCCGACUCAUCGCCUCCCCCCGUUCAGGGAAUCAAAAGCCGGGAUCAAGCUCGAUAUGAUCAACCAGAAACGGUGAUCUCACAGUCACCCUCGGAGGGCGCUGCACGUCGUAUGACACCAACACCGACAUCCUCAGCACUGGACAUUAUUUACGAGACCCGAAUCGCCUCGUCAUACCCCAGCCAGCCAUCAUUAUCACCCUCCCGAGCAGAAUCCGAACCACCACUACCCAAACGCCAACGAACCUCUCUCAAUCUCCGACAACCCGGGCCCGGUAAGCCGCUCGCUAGAAGCGCCAGCGACUUCGGCCCCCGUUCACACACUGUCGCCAAAACAACCCCGAGCACUACAACCACCACCACCCAUACCAACAGCAAAAACAACAACACCCAUCAACCCCUUACCUUCCCCGAACCUACCACCCCCCUCGAAAUCCUCUCCCCCCCACCCCUUACCAGCCUCUCUCCCCUCCACUCAGCCGACCUCAUCACCCCCCUCCUCGCCAAGCUCGCCCACGACCUCAACCUCCCCAAACGCUACCAACCCACUCUCCAAACCCGCCCCUUACGCCCCUUCGAGCGCGGCCACUGGCACAUCGACUGUCGCACCUGGGACACCUCUCUGAAACGGUCCGCGUGGGGGUUUUUGACUGAGUAUGUCGGCAACAAGGGUGCUGCGGGCUGGGGCACGUCCUGUCGCAGGGAGGCUGGGGGGAUGGAUUGGGUGAGGGUGUAUUGUUUUGGGGCGGUGGUUGGGCAUAUGUAUUUGGUGGUGUAUUUGAUGAGUAAGAGGAUGGUGUUGGAGACGGGGGUGGAGUGGAUUGGGGGGGAUGGCAAGGCGGUGGUGGUUAUGGGGCCGAAGGAAACGGGGGGGAGGAGUGGGAGUGGGAGUGGGAGUGGGUGA